AUGAAAACAACAACAACAGCAGAUGCUGCUGACAAUUAUGCUUCCAGGUACAAAAUCAUCAUCAUUUUUGUGGUCUUUGCAAUAUACUGUGCCAUUGGCGUCAUUGGCAAUGGCUUCAUCACAGUCAUCUAUGGGACUGAGUGGAUCAGGAGCAAAAGGCUUCCCACUGGUGACCACCUUAUGCUGAUGCUGAGUUUUUCUAGGUUCUCGCUACAGAUCUGGAUAAUGGGAGAGCUUACUUGUAGUUUAUUCUUCCGGAUCAUUUAUAACCAAAGUACCGUGUAUAAACUCUUCAAAUCCAUCACUGUGUUUCUGAGCUACUGUAACCUCUGGUUUGCUGCCUGGCUCAACGUCUUCUAUUGCCUUAAAAUUGCGAACUUCGCUCACCCUUUGUUUCUUAUGAUGAAGCGGAAAAUCAUAGUGCGGAUGCCUCGGCUCAUGAGUCUGUCAGUGUUGGCUUCCUUCAUCUUAAGCUGCUUCUUCGCUAAAGACAUCUUCAACGUGUACGUGAACACUUCCGUUCCCAUCCCUUUCUCCAACUCGACAGAGAGGAAGUACUUCUCCGAGAUCAAUGUGCUCAGCCUGGCCUUUUUAUAUUACACGGGGAUCCUGGUUCCUUUGCUCAUGUUCAUUAUGGCCGCCACUCUGCUGAUCGCCUCACUCAAGAGGCACACCUUGCACAUGGAGAAUAGUGCCACAGGCUCCAGGGACUCUAGCAUGGAGGCUCACUUGGGCGCCAUCAAAUCAACCAACUACUCCCUCCUUCUCUACGUUAUCAAUGCACUGGCUCUCUUUAUUUCCAUGGCAGGCAUCUUUUCUUUCUACAGUGUCUGGAAUAGUGUGUGCAAUUUUAUCAUGCUUGCCUACCCAGCUGGCCAGGCAGUGCAUCUGAUCUUGAGAAACCCAGGGCUGAGAAGAGCCUGGAGGCGGUUUCAGCACCACAUCCACCUUUGCUUUAAAAGGUAG